AUGGAAGAUGUUAAAGCGAAGCAGUUAGAGGUGUCUGAUAAGCUAGCGAUCUUUAUCAGCUGCUAUAAACAACGUCAAAUAGAGGCGGCGCGGGCGACUGGCUUCAACAAAUUAGAGGAAGAGGAUGGUAUAGCAGCUGUUGCGAGAAGAUUCGAAGUAACAUUUUUUAAAUUUUCAACUGUUGAAAUUGGAAAACUCGAAAUGUGUGAAAUAUGUAACAUGGAUGGAUACUUUUCCUAUGUGAUGUCAACUAAAACAGUGGUCUGCUUUGAGGAUUGCAUCUGGAAGUUGACUGAGAGUGAUGGCCAGAUUUCCAUUGCGCAAAUUCAAAUACGUAACUUCUUGUACACGAGAACCAUGCGAAUUGAUAACUCCGGCGAGCAUCUGUUUGAGGUUGGUACGAUACGGGUAACAAACCUUAUUCCGGACACUAUUUACAAGGAUACACUUCACAGGUUCGCUUAUUUGCUGUUUAGUAUCUUCUUUUGCUAUAAACAAGAAAGGAGAUGCUGUCGCUCCAGCGUCAGGCUUACCUUCAGGGCGCGCGAUAAGCCGGCUUAGAA